AUGAAUUACACCAUCGGCAACACGAAGUCAGCAAAUAAGGAACCGGAAGCAAUUUCGUUAACAUUAGAGAUCGAGCUCGAUGAUCAUCGCAUUAUUCAGCAUUCAGCACUUAAUGCAUAUGUUUCUUUGCCACUUGAAGAGUUUUAUGAUCGCCCAACCGAUAUUUACGAAAUAAAGCCGGUAAUUGCAAGUGGAUAUCGCAUUUGUAAUUUGUGCGCUGUAGCAGUUCACCAGAUGGAAAUGUAUUUGAAUGUACCUUCGUACGGUUCACUGCUUAACUGGGAGAAUCUCGCAGCAAAACUUGGUUUAUCAAUUUUGCAAAUUCUUAGUUUACGAAAAUGUGUUAGUCCAAUGCUUAAACUUCUCGAGUUGCACUCGAAUUUACCUUUAAACAUAAUUAUUGAUGCUAUUUGUGAACUUAAUCGAGUCGAUCUAUUGAUCUCAUUAAUACCAUAUUUGCCAAAGAACAAUCUAACAUCGGAUCAGAUUUCUCUCGAUUCUGGCAUAUGCAAUAAUAGCAAUAAUAAUAAUAGCUUCCUGCAAAAUGAACGAUUCCAUUCAGACCAUUUAUUUACUUCUAGGCGUUCUAAACAGUUGGUGGAUAUUCUUGUUAAAUCGAUUUUGGUUAUGCAUCAUGAAAACGAACUUAAUAUUAAUUUAAAGAAGAAUUUCAAUUGGUUUAUGAAGAAUUUAAAGAAGCAAGCGAGUGGUAAGGGUACUUUCAUAUUCGACGUAAAUGAUUAUCUAUGUGGUGAGGGUUCCAUGGUAGAUUUAAUUGAAAUUUUCAAACAAGCGACUCACAUCAUUUCAGUUUUGUCAGAAGACUAUUCAAAGAUUUUAAAUAGUGAUGGUGAUCAACAGAAUGCAGUUAAGAAGUAUAUAAAUAAUCUAAUGAAUACUGAAUAUAUUCAAGAUGGUAGCAUUAAUAAACGAUUUCGUGCCGUCAUGUUACAGGGGACUGAUCGUGCUGUUCUGCCAAUUGGUUGGUCGAGGAACACUGUGAUUUAUGAGUUUCCUGCUAAUCAUGCGCAGUUGUUUAAAAAACUUUUCGGCUAA